CACGUCCUGUCGGCUCUCUGUACUAUUGUAAUACAAUCGAAUCACAAUGUCUAGGCAAUCGAUGGCCCCGUCACGCAAUCCUUCUCUGCUCGAAGAACUAGAGAAGCUUGAGCAAUCUAUAACUUUGACGCUUCAAGAAAUCGAUUCGAACUUUAGUCGCGCACACCGUAUUGUAACCACAUCGAUUAUACCAGUGGUACAAGAAUAUGCCAAACAUUCUGAGGCCGUGUGGGAAGGUUCGAAGUUUUGGAAACAAUUCUUUGAAUCCAGCGCGAAUGUCUCUCUCGACGGAUAUGAAGUUGCGCCGCCAGAAGAUUCCAUCAUUCCGGAUGAGAACAACACCACUCAACAAUCCUCUAGCUAUGACACGAAUGUCGAUGAAGAUACCAUAACAGGCUCCUCCAUAACCCCUCCCAAACCUGCUCCCACCGAAGCAGACGAUGAACUCUCCACCGAAGUCCUCUCUUCUCCCUCCGCCGCGCACGCGCACAGUACACCCCGCCAACCAGGCGCUGCCGGCACAUCAUUCGCAUCCUACGGCUCGCCGUACGAGUCCAUGAAGCGCUCCAUGGCCGGCCUAUCCACACGCAGUCCCCCAUCCUCUCCUAUAAUCGACCCCAGAACGCCCGCAGGCAACACCCGCGCCACGCUUCCAGAUACCUCCAUGACCCCUGAAUCCUCCCCUUUCAAUCCGCCCACAUCCACAGCAACACGCACAAACGUCAAUCAAGAUCCGUUGCUCCACCAGAUGUUGGACAAAACCUAUCGUAUUGCAGCGACACCUCAUACUGCCCGCAAGCAAGCCCAGCCUCCAGCGUCCCGCACAGGCUUGGGCCCAAAGCAAAGAGCUCACAAGCCGUCCACGGGCUUGACGCCCUCAACGCGCGGCCAUCAGUCUGCGCCAUCAGCGCUCGAUUCCUCGCCGUUUGGCUCGUCGCCUGAGAUCGCGGCGCCGCAACUGCGUGCGGAUAUAUUUUCUAGUCCCAUAAAGGGCGGGUUCGGAGGCCCGCGAACACCGGGUGUGAGUGUGAUGGCGUCGGCGCGGAAGAAUAUUGCGACUCCGGCGCAGAGGGAGGGUGUGGUUGGCGCCGGCGCGAAUUUGUUUAGCCAAAACCGUACGGACCGUACGGGUGGUGGCUUUGGGGCCGAAAAGACUUUGGAAUGGGAUAGCGACGAUGAUUUCGAGGAAGAGCUGGGCUUCAGUCCACCUAAGACUAUGCAGUUCCAUGUACCGCAGAGCCGCCUUCUACAGACACCUGCACGAGAGGCAAGCAAGAGAAUUGUAGAGGACCUGCUACUGACCGCCGGAGCCGACUUCACAGACGAAUUGGACUCAAAGCAAGAGGAUGAUAGUCCUAGCGUGGUGCGCAGGCACAAUGAGAUGGAUGACACCUUUUGAGGAACAGAACAGUAUACGUUCCAGAACUCCGACAAUGCAUUGUACGACGUGUACGUAAGACUACAAAUUUCAGCGAGUGUAAUACUCCUUAACGAAAAUCCGCG